AUGCGACUUUCCCUGCCAGAGUGCCAUCCGAGCCGCUGCCCCCUGCUCACCCUGGCCAAAGACUACCAGAACAUGAAGCUGCCCCCAGACAUGUUCAUGCCGGGGGAGAAUCAAGGAGCUCCUCCUCCGAAAGCCGCCAAGUCGAGGUGGAGGAACAUCACCCGCGCAGAAUCUGGUUGGGUAGAUUGCUGGAGUGUGCCCAACUUUUUGCUUAUCAUUGACUACACCUGGCACCCCAUUUAUCCCCAGAAGGCUGAUGAGCAACUCAAACAGUCAUUUUCUGAGAUGGAGGAAUCCAUGCUAUCGGCCUUGCGGCCCCCAGAACACACCUCAGUGGCUCACACAUCUGCUUCAGCGCCCCACAGUCGGGCAACCACUGACCCCUCAGAGCUGCCCCCUGACAGACUUCACGUGGAAAUGGAAAUGUCACCAGAUUCUCAAAUAAUUCUCUAUGGGCCUUUGCUCCGAGCUCUGAUUUCCAUCAAGGAAAAUUAUUUUGGCGAGGAUGACAUGUACACAGACUUCGAGGAAGCCGUGUCGAGCCCUGUACAUCCAUCCCUUGACCUGCGGCCCUGGGACAUCACCGUGCUCAUUAACCUCUACAAAGUUCACGGCCGGCUGCCAGUGCACUGCAGCAGCGAGGGUCCCGAAGCUCCAUCCGGCUUCUUGGAGCGGCUGUGUUUUGAGAUGAAAAAGGGCUACAAGGAGACAAAGCUUCAGCUGCUCCUUUCCCCUGUUCACAUCUUUGUCAGUGACAACUACCAGCGUCCCACAGCUGAUGGGGUGUUGAGAGACGGCCACCUGAGUCUGUCUGGCCUACAGAUGAGGGCCCAUGCCAUGUUCUCCGCUCAGGGCCUCCCUCUGGGCAGUGACACACUGGAGUAUGCAUGGCUUAUUGAUAUGCAAGCUGGGGGGCUCACUGGCAGGGUCACUGUUCCACAGGUGGCCAGCAUGAUUGAGUGGGCUAAGACUUUCCUUUUCCACGUGUUCUCCCGGGAGUUCCAGCUAGAACAACCCAAGCCCUCUGUCAUCUGCCAGCACGGUGUUGAUCGUCGCAUCUGCGAUGCCAAGUUGAGCUGCCUCCCCGGUCACUGUCGCACAUCCGAGGAGCUGAAGUACACCAUGACCCGCCUGGCCAUGGAUGGAGUUGACCUCUUCAUUGUCGAGCAUGGCUGUGCUGCCAGUAUCAAGACGGGCAUUAUUCGUGUAGCCAACUGUAACCUGCACAACCAGGCAGUGGGCGAGGGCAUCAGCGCUGUGGUGCAGGAUGUAAACAUCCGGCAGUACAUUGAACAACAACACGCUGAAGUGACCAGGCUGCAGCCGGCUGGACAGGGUCAAGGUCCGGGUCAGCCGUUGGGUCUCGGUCAGCCACCUUUGCUGCGACGUUCUGUCUGGCUGGAGGCGGGUGCAGUCAACCUGAACCUCAUCACGGCAGAUAUUGCCCUGGCUGCUGACCACCCAGCCAAAUGUGAAGUGCAGAGGCAAUUUCUGGAACUGCACGAUGCUCAAACCAAAAGACUCUGGUUCCUGUGGCCAGAGGAUGCCAGCAUUCGGAACAAGCGAAACAGGAACCGCUGUGGCUGCCUCGGUGGCUGCAGGUUCUUUGGAGGUACCAACAUGGGGCUGGACUUCUUCAAGCUAGAAGAUCUGACGCCCUCCUCCUCAUCUGCAUUCUCUUCAUCCAGCACCGAGUCAGACAUGUGUUACGGCCAAUCUUUGCUACAGCCUGGGGAGUGUAUCAUUACAAAGGAAACGCCCAAAGUGGAUGGAGGGAAGGCGGUAGGACUGAAAACAGACACACACUCUCCUUGUCUGCCUCCUGAGCUGCCUGAGAGACAUGGUCAGCAACACCUGAGUCUCCAGGUGCCCCAACGAUCCCACAGCUCGGCCUCUUCCUCUGAAGAAAACAGCUCCUCCAGUGCUGCCUUACCCUUACUGGCAGGAGAGAGAGAUUCCCCCUCGCCAAGCACAGAGGAACGCGUGUUCCCCAUGAAUGGCAAAAGCCCUGCUGACACCCUAGGGGAAGUCCCAGAAGUAUCACCGGUCUCACCCAACAGCUCCCAGGACCGCUCCUCAGUGCGCUCACCCCUCUGCUCUCCUCUCAAGCGUCAGUCCUCUGUGCACUCUGGUCGGCUGGGCAGCACCAAGAGCCUUUCGGCGGCUGUUUUCACAGAUAAGCCGCCACCGGUGUUGUCUGGAGGCGUGCAGUUCAGCAGCGAGGUUUCCCGCAGCGAUGAGAACGUCUUGGAUUCCCCCCAUCAGCGUAGAAGCUACGGCUCCUUUCCCUUCACGCCAUCAGCGGACUCGAACACCUUCCAUCAGUACCGCUCUGCCGACUCUAGCAUGUCAGUGGCCGACAGCGAGGCCUACUUCUCCGCUGCUGAGGACUUUGAGCCAAUCAGCAGCGCUGACGAGGGACCGGGGACUUACCCAGGACGCAAAAAGAAGAGGAGGCAGCAGAUGCAGCAGCCUCAGCAGCCACCGUAUCACAUGGAGAACUACAGCCGAAGCUCCAUCUACCACAGUGUUGAGGGUCCCCUCACGUACGUUCUCAAUGGGGAGCUGAUCACUGAACCACGUCCUCUGCCGAUGCCUCCUACACUCCCUCCACUGCCGCCUCAGCCCCUGCCCAGCCACACAUCUCAGGCCUCCUUUGUCUCAGCCCUGGCAAUGGAGGAGGAAAGCUCAGUGGAGGCAGAAAAGAUGGCGGAACCGGGCCCGGUAACUCGACAGCCUCAUGUCAUGGCGUGUUACCAGAACUACCUAGCCCACUACCAGGUCUCAAAUUGGUCUGUCAAACAACCCACCAAUAAAAGAACCUCAAAGUCUUCGCUGCAUCGCCCCCUUGAUCUGGACACGCCUACCAGCGAGGAGAGCUCUGGCUCUUUUGACCAGCUCUCCAUCCCAAGCUUUAAGGUAAUAAAGCACGGCCUCUCAGCCAGCUCGCUGUUAGACAGAGGUGUUCAGCUGAUGGGUGAGAACAACAGUACCCCGUAUACACCCCUGGAUAAGAGGGCCAUGGAGAACACAGAUGAGGACACAACCACAGAUGACUGGUCUCUGGAGCAGCCCCUAGCUCAGACCAGAACCACUGCCAUUGUGGAGGUGAAAGGAGCCAUCAACGUGGUGCUCACACCUCUUGUGGCUGAAUCCCUGGACAGGUACAUCGAGUCCAUGGCCCACUUUGCAAGCAUCCGACACCCAGCAGCGAUUCUGGAUGACCUGCACGGGAAAGUCCUCAAUGAAGCCUAUCAGAUCAGCAAAUCUACCGUCACUGAGUCUAGCCAAACAGGCAAGCAGGAGCAUAAGCUGUCCAAGACGGAGGGCACGACCCCUGGUUCCCUAAACAUCUCCCAUGGCCAGACAGACCUGUCCGUCAAACCAGAUAAUGUGAAAAUCAAGGGCCUCCAAGCCAACGUGUCCAUCCCCAAGGUGAACCUUUGCCUCCUGCAGGCCUCUGUAGAGGAAGGGUCACCAUCUUGCUCCAGUAAGAGUGUCACACAUGUGUCUCUAGUGGCACUAUGCUUUGACAGGAUUGCCACCCAGUUCAGGAUGAACAGGGGAAUUGUAGAAGAGACUCCCAACACCACAGAGCACGGCCGACCCUCUGUCAUGUUUGAGAAGUACGCUUCAGCCACUAAGAUGCAGCCUCAGUCUUCGGGCUCUUUGCGCUCCAACGCUGGCAUCGAGAAAGGCAAAGAGAUUGCUGCAAGACUUAAUAUCCACCGAAUCCACAGCCAGCUCCGAGGCCUGGACUCCACAGCUGUAGAUAUUGGCACAUGUGCUAUCACAGCAAUUCCUUUUGAGAAGUCCAAAGUUCUCUUUGGCCUGGAGGAAAUGGAGGAGUUUUCACUGGUGGAUGAAACUGAUGCCCAGGCAACAGCAGGCGAUCUGGGCCGUUCUGCCGCAUCUCUGGAGAAAUGGGGCUGGAUCAUGUUUGAAUGUGGCAUUGAGAAUCUCACAGUCAAAGGGGGCCGUCAGUCAGGAGCUAUUCUUUACAAUGCGUUCGGUGUGAUGGGGCGCUCAGACGCAGGAGGGAAGACAGGAAUGUCAAAGUCCAACGGUUCAACCGGCUCUCAGACAGGAAGCGGUUAUAGUACUGAUAUGUCUGAUGACAACCUCCCACAUGAUGCUGUCAGUCCAGCCUCUGAUGUUAAUGAGCACUCAGACUCAGACGACCAGGACGAAGGGGUUGAAUCAGACGACCUGAAGAAAGACCUUCCUCUCAUGCCCCCACCGCCUGACUCCAGCAGCAUGAAACUGACCAUUAGAGAGAUCUGGUUCAGUUUUGCUGCUCCCACCAAUGUGCGGUCCGCCUCACAGGCCAUCUCCAGGCAGUUGAAUCUUCUCAGCACAGCCACACCUGCCAUUGGCGCCUGGUUGGUUCCCAUUGACCAGCUCAAAUCAUCACUUCGGAAACUGGACAUGGAGGGCACGCUACGUGUUUGUGCAGUCAUGGGCUGCAUCAUGACCGAGGCUCUGGAGAAAAAGAGCAUCCACAUCCCGAUCAGGAGCAAGUACAACCGCGUGACCAAACGAGCCCGCUACCUCCACGAGAACCCCUCCUGCAUGCUUUGUAACAUCCUGCACCGCUACCUGCAACAAGCUGACUACUCCGUCAUAGAGGAAGCUACUAUGAAUGAUGGGGUUCCAGCCCUGGUCACUCUAAAGAAAGGUUUGGUAGCAUUGGCCAGGCAGUGGAUGAAAUUCAUCGUGGUAACUCAGGGUUUCAAGGCUAUUGGUCUGAUGAGGCCCAACCAGCUUACCAAACCCAAGGAGCCUCAGCAGAACGAGGGUGACACAAUUUUGGGACUGGACAAUGGAGCUGCUCUGCAGAGUGACACCAGCGCGGAUGGAGCUGAAUUUGAAUUCGAUGCAGCCACAGUGAGUGAACACACGAUGUUGCUGGAGGUAGCAUGCAGCCGCCCCCCACCGAAGGAAGCCAACUCUGGGCCUGUGAGCGGAGUGGAGAUCAUGAGGAAACUUUCCAAGUCGCAUACACACAACGAGUCUGUGCUCAGAAUAAAGGGUUCGCAUCCCUACCAGUCGCUGAGCUACACCAGUGGUGACACAGCAGCUGACUCACCCGCCCAUGUGAGCCGCGCAGGCCUGCCAGCCAAGGACAGCCCCAGGAAGGAGAGCCUUCUGAGCAACCUGACGGGCAGCUUUCGGAGUCUGCACAAUCUGCUGGAGGGCACGCCCCAGAGGAACGAGCCGUCUGCCGCCACCGCAACCAAGAGCAGCUCGCUCACUCGCACAGGGACAGACAUGCUGACUGAGCACCCGCUGCUGUCGGAGCCCUCCUCUGUCAGCUUUUACAACUGGAUGUCCAACGCUGUGAGCAACAAGACGGGGGCUGGAGUCCAGGAGUCUCCGGUCAACCGCUCCCAGCACAACAGUCUACAGACAGUAGCCUCACUGGGUUCUUCUGUCAACCCCUGCUACCAGUACCAACCGCUGCCAGAUAACAGUCCAGAAGGAGGUGGGACGUGUAACCUGCCCACCAUCCCUUCGGCCUCAGAUUUCAACACAGUGCUGUCCAGUGACCAGAACACCCUCGAUGGGACCCACUCCCAGCAUUCCCAGCACAGCACGAGCCAGGACGACAUGGCCGACAUUGAAGAGGGGAACCAGUGUCCAGCUGCUGUUCAGCUGGCUGAUGCUCAGGUUGUUUUUAAGCCUUUACUGAGCUACACAGGCAUCCAGGCCCAAGAUACCACUCCGCUUAGCUAUAAGAUGUAUUUUGGAGAGCACCUGUCUUUUUCCGGCAACCUCGAGUGCCUCAGAGCAGACAUUGCCGACUCUGAUACCACCAAGGAGCGCAAAAACAAGCGAUCCAGGAGGCAAGGCAUGGUGAACCUGCCUCCCCUUGAGUUCAAGCCAGCGUUGCUGAUUGAGACUUUCAGUGUGAAUGCCGUGGUGAUGGAGAAGUCAACCAGCGCUCCUCAGGGCCCCACCGCAGCCCCGCUCUCCUUCCACGACCUCAACCGCCGCCACUACAAUACAUUCCACUGUGACUUCACUACAGCCUGCCAGGCCAUCAGCCAGCGCGUCGACAUGGCCCUGGUGCGCCUCAUCCACCAGUUCAGCACCAUGAUCGAUGAUAUCAAGGCCACGCAGACCGACAUCAAGCUGAGCCGCUACACCGCCGGCUCGGCCUCCCCGACACCCACCUUCAAGGCCCGGCCGUAUCGCCACUUCAGGUCGUCGGACUUCAGCCGCAGCUCCCGUGGAAGCCUGAAUGGGGCGGGCCGCAGCGGAACCCAGACUCUGAAGAGCAAGAGAGGAGUGGGUGGAGGGGGAGGAUCAGGAGGGGGAGCCGCAAAUGCUGGUGGUUUACCUCCAAACGGACCUCCAUCGGGUAUGGACACGCUGGGAAGAAGGGAGCCGAGAGGACGCAGCUCCCUCGGACGCUCAGAAAGACGCACCUCCAAGGUGUCACGGAAAGGGUCCCGUGACGUGGCCGACCACAUGGCGAUCCAGAUGGAUGACUCGGACUCCAUCACAGUGUCAGAGCAGAGCGAGCCAUCAGCAGAAUGUUGGCAGAACAUGUACAAGCUGCUCAACUUCUACUCCCUCAUCUCCGAUCCCACUGGCAUCCUGGAGAAAAGCUCCCCGGAGAACGGCCUUUCAGAGACGGGACGUCACACCUCAGAGCCGUUCUGUAAAGUGAUAUUUGAGAAUGAGCAGCAGGACCCCAACACGCCCAGCAAGCCUCCCGGUGCGGGUGGAAGGCGACGCAGCCUUGUGAACUCCGAGCCUCAGCACGUCACGCUCAUCGUGUUCGGCAUCGGCAUGGUGAACCGCACACACCUGGAGGCGGACAUCGGCGGGCUGACCAUGGAAGCAGAACUGAAGAAGAUACAUGGAAGUUUCACCCUGAAGGAGAAGAUGAAAGAUAUUCUGCACCAGAAAAUGACAGAGACGUGCGCAUCGGCUCACAUAGGAGGGGUAAACAUCGUUCUGCUGGAGGGGAUAACUCCUGACAUUCAACUGGAGGAUUUCCCAACAUCUCCCACCAGCACUGCUAAACAAGAGUUUCUAACGGUGGUCAAAUGCAACAUCGCCAAGUCUCAGGCCUUGUACAGCGCCCAGCGGGGUCUGAAGACCAACAACGCUGCUGUCUUCAAAGUGGGGGCCAUCAUGAUCAACAUUCCCCAACACCCGGCUACGCUGCACAGUAUGAUGGUCCGCAGCUCCCAUCAGCUCUCCAAGCAAAUCUCCGACCUCAUCCGCCAGCCUUCUAAUGCCCAACCUCCUAAUAGGGAGGACACCCCCACCCCGCAACCCUCUGACAAAGCAUCCAGUAUCAACCAGACCCCUGUCGAGGCCAACGAGUUCCCUCAGCUUCCCGAAGGCCUGGAGAAGAAGCCCAUUGUCCUCAAGUUCAGCGCCAUGAUGGAUGGCAUCACCAUUGGCGCAGCCCUGCUCCCAUCACUGAAAGCAGAGUACAAGAUGGGCCGCAUGAAGAGCCACGGCAUGACGGGAGCACAAACCAGUUUCACGUUUGAGUUGCCGAACCACAAACUUUGCUUCCAAUCAAAAGUGUCCCCGGUGGACAUGUCCCAGCACACUAUGUCGCCAUCAGCCAGCCUCACGCUGCCGCCGGUUACAAUGUCGGGAGAGUACAUCAUGGAGGAUCACGAUAGUCACUCAGACCAGGGCUGGGCACCAGACGACUUCCCAGCAAAACAAGGAAACUACCUGCAGGGCAACUACCUGCGAUGUGUAGCUGAGAUUGGCUCUUUUGAGCACAACCUGACCACAGACCUGCUCAACCACCUGGUCUUUCUGCAGAAGGUUUUCAUGAAGGAAGUGAACGAGGUCAUUCAGAAAGUGUCAGGAGGAGAACAACCCAUCCCACUCUGGAAUGAGCACGACACCUCAACAGAUGCAGACAAACCCAAAAUCCUGCUUUAUUCUCUCAGCCUCAGGUUCAAGGGAAUCCAGAUGACAGCAACCACUCCCUCCAUGCGAGCCGUGCGCUUUGAGACGGGCCUGAUUGAGCUCGAGCUGUCCAACAGAAUCCAGUGCAAGGCUCAGGCUGGAGGCAGCAGCAGUUACCUGAAACUCUUUGGAAAAUGUCAAGUUGACCUCAACCUAGCCCUUGGACAGAUUGUCAAGCACCAGGUGUAUGAAGAAGCUGGCUCGGAUUUCCACCAAGUGGCAUACUUCCAAACUCGGAUUGGUCUGCGGAAUGCUCUGCAGGAGGAAAUCAGUGGAUCCACUGACAAAGAGGCUGUUCUCAUCACCCUCAACAGGCCAGUGGUUUUCGCUCAGCCCGUGGCAUUCGACAGAGCUGUGCUCUUCUGGCUAAACUACAAAGCUGCAUAUGACAACUGGAAUGAGCAGCGUAUGGCCCUCAACAAGGACAUUCACGUGGCCACAAAAGAAGUGGUGGAUAAGCUGCCAGGCAUUCAACAGACCUCCGCCCAGGCAUUCAGCACCCUCUUUCUGCAACUGACAGUCAAUGACCUGGGUAUUUGCCUGCCAAUUACCAACACAUCUCAGAGAGGACAAGAACCAGUUACGGAGGGCACAAACUCUGAAGCUGGGGCCAGCUCUUCAGCAGGCCAGCAAAGAAAUGCACGAAAAGCCAAUCACAGCAUAGAUUUUGACACGGGCUCUGCGCUGGUCCUGACCAUCGAGAGCACACUGAUCACCGCCUGCUCCUCCGAGUCCCUGGUGAGUAAAGGACACUUCAAAAAUUUCUGCAUCCGCUUUGCCGAGGGCUUCGAGACCUCCUGGGACGACUGGAAGCCUGAAGUCCGGGGAGAAAUCGUCAUGAAUGCUUGUGUAGUCCCUGACGGUACAUAUGAAGUGUGUUCCAGGACUACAGGGCAGCCCUCUGCAGAAAGCAGCAGCGCUGGUACCUGGACUCUCAAUGUGCUUUGGAAGAUGUGUGGAAUCGCCGUUCACAUGGACCCCAAUAUCGGCAAGCGCCUCAACGCUCUGGGCAACACGCUGACGUCCCUGACGGGCGAGGAGGACAUAGACGACAUCGCCGAUCUGAACUCUGUGAACAUGGCAGACCUUUCAGAUGAGGACGAAACCGACUCCAUGUCACCCACCACGCACAUGACUCCAGAGUUCAGCCCUCGGCUGACCUUAAGGAAGCGUCUGGUAAACCACAUCCUGGGCCUCAGCCCCAGGCCUCAGAGCAUAUCUGUCCCCAUCGACUACUUAAACUGUGCAUCUCCUUGCCUACCAGGCAGUGGCAGAACCCAAAGACCCCUCUCCUGGGCUUGUGAGGCAGUUGACCCCAGAAGGCCCAUGGUGUCAGGAAACCAGAUAAUUGAUGCUCGUGGGAGGAAGUUCACAAAAAGGGUCAUUGACAUCCGAGAACUGAAUGAGCAAGCCAAAGUCAUCGAUGACCUCAAGAAACUGGGGGCCAGCGAAGGAACCAUCAAUCAGGAGAUCCAGCGCUAUCAACAGCUGGAGUCUGUGGCCGUCAAAGACAUCAGGAGAGAUGUCAGAAAGAAGCUGCGUCGCUCCAGCAUGAGGGCGGCCUCUCUAAAGGAUAAGUGGGGUCUUGGCUACAAACCAAGCUACAACCGCUCCAAAAGCAUCUCAGCGGCAGCAGGCCGGCCACCUCUAAAAAGGAUGGACAGACAAAGUUCCAGAAUCGGAGAUGUGGAUGCAGAUUUCCCAGAUAUCCGUGUGGACGUGUCCUCUCCGGCACCACGGGUCACCUUCAACAUCCAGGACACGAUUAAUAAUCAGGCUUUGGAGUCUGCACCUGUCAGUCCAGGAGAUAUAUUCAAGUUCCCUGAGGAGUCAGAGGGGGACCUGUCGACAGUCUCCAUUGACGAUUCAUCCCAUCCUCAUCACCUCCAUCUCCAUCCCCUAUCUGUUGUCGAUGGUCAUCACUCAGUUUUCAGUGCCCCCGCCACCCCUGCUGUCUUCUCACCCACACUUCCCUUCCAGCAUGACGACAUAAGGCGCGAUGACCUGUCCUCUUCCUCCUCGGAAGACUCGGACAAGGACGACUUCGAGCAUGACAGACAGCAGAGCUAUCGAAGGCCUGUCCAAACGUCUCAGAGAAAGUCCUCGGGCUUUUCUGCUGUGAGUCAGUUGUUCAGUGAGCGCUGGCCAGGCACUCCUGCCAACCGCAGCUUCAGUGGCCCAACGACGGAAAGAAACAUCGACUUUGAGCUGGAUGUCCGUGUGGAAAUCGACAGCGGGAAGUGCGUCCUUCACCCUACUACUCAACAGCCCGAGCACGAGGAUGUUUCUUUGAGGAGGAGCUGUGAGCGCAGCCUCAAAAACCUGGACCAAGAAUCUCCUCCCAAGAAGAAGAAGCUCCAGCCCAACUACCCCUCUUCCAGCCAUCUCCUAGCUGGAAAGAAGUGUCCCUCCACUCUGCCGACCAAAUCCAAUGACUUGGAGACUACAGUUUUCUACAUUCCAGGAGUGGACGUGAAGUUGCACUACAACUCAAAGACCCUGAAGACGGAGUCACCCAACGCCUCGCGUGGAUCCUCUCUCCCCCGCACUCUCUCCAAAGAGUCGAAGCUGUAUGGUAUGAAAGAUAGCGGCCCUCCAAAUCCUCCCAAUGCUGUCCAAAGCAAGACUAACUCGCUCCUACCUCCCCCGCCCCCACCUAUUCCAUCAGCUAAAGGUAAGAGCAGUGGAGGGGUAAAGACGGCCAAGCUGUAUGCCUGGGUGGCCCUCCAGACCCUGCCAGAGGAGAUGGUGAUCAGCCCCUGUCUGCUGGACUUUCUGGAAAAAGCACUUGAGACAAUUCCUAUCACUCCAGUGGACAGGAACUACACAGCUGUGGCAUCCCAGGAGGAAGACAUGGGUCAGUUUGAUACAGUGGAACAGCUCGAGGAAUCGACCACCUCCCUGGUUUCCUCUUCAACGUCGGCAUACUCCUCCUUCCCCGUGGAUGUGGUUGUCUACGUCAGAGUCCAGCCCUCUCAGAUCCGCUUCAGCUGCCUGCCAAUGUCCAGGGUGGAGUGUAUGCUCAAACUGCCCUCGUUAGACCUGGUCUUCUCCUCUAACCGUGGAGAACUGGAGACCCCGACAGGAGCCCAUGUGACAGACGGGUCACACCAGCCCUCCUCAACUCCACCCGGGCAGCAUAUCCCCAAACCACCUCCCAGCAAAGCAUCUCCGUUGUUGGGGAGCCCUCUGGGCAGAAGCCGUCACAGCAGCAGCCAGUCCGACCUCACCGGGCCCCCGAGUAACUCCUCGGGCCUCAGCUUUACAGCCUGCAUGUCUGACUUCUCCCUCUACGUCUUCCACCCCUACGGCGCCGGAAAGCAGAAAUCUGCAGUCACGGGGUUGCCUCCGGGCCAAGGGCCGUUAGGUACCGUGGAUGAGGAGUCGACUUCAGUGACAGGAAGGAAAGACUCUCUGAGCAUCAACCUGGAGUUUGUGAAGGUCAGCUUAUCGAGGAUGAGGCGAACAGGAGGCCCCACUUUCAUUGAGAGCUUUAUUCCUCUUAAAGGGGGUAAAAUGGACACCACCCUCAUCAACAUCUCAGCUGUGUGUGACAUCGGCUCGGCUUCCUUCAAGUACGACAUGAGAAGACUGAGCGAGAUCCUGGCCUUCCCGAGAGCCUGGUAUCGUCGAAGUAUCGCCAGACGCCUCUUCCUGGGGGACCAAACCAUCAACCUCCCACCUUCCGGCCCCGCCACUCCUGACUCAGCUGAAAACGUCACCCAUCACCUGUCCCCCGAGUCCAGCCGGAAAGCUUACUGGAGGACGUGGGACGGCAGCACCGGGACGCAGCACGUGCCCCAGUCCCCCAACGUCUUUUCGGAGCACUCCACCGGAAGCAACAUGUCCCCAGGCAGCCUGGGGCACCUCAAGUCCCCUGCACCUGGUCGCACCAGGAGCGUCUCUGACUCCUCCGCUCCGAGGAGAGAUUCAGUCACAAAAACAUCGACUCCUUCAUUUGGUAAAAAUGGGAAGGCAGCAGGUCAGCAGGGGUCGCCAUGGGAGACGCUGGUGGUGUUUGCCAUCAACCUAAAGCUGCUCACCGUCCAAAUGAACAUGAGCAACGUGAUGGGAAACAAUACCUGGACGACCAGCGGGCUGAAAAGUCAGGGCCGACUUUCUGUCGGAAGCAACCGAGACCGAGAGAUCAGCAUGUCUGUUGGCCUCGGCCGAUCCAAGCUCGACUCCAAGGGCGGGGUGGUGGGUGGCAAUAUAGACGUGAACACCCUGGAGAUGGUCUCCCACAUCUCAGAGCAUCCAAACCAGCAGCCCAGCCACAAGAUCCAGAUUACCAUGGGCUCCACAGAGGCGCGAGUGGACUACAUGGGCUCCAGCAUCCUAAUGGGAGUGUUUAGUAAUGCUGACCUGCAGCUGCAGGAUGAAUGGAAGGUCAACCUGUGUACAGUGGACACCAGCCUAUCAGAGAAAAGUGAGAUCUUCAUCCACGGAGACCUGCAGUGGGACAUUUUCCAGGUGAUCAUUUCACGGUCCACCACACCAGACCUCAUCAAGAUCGGCAUGAAGCUGCAGGAGUUUUUCACUCAGCAAUUCGACACCAGCAAGCGGGCCCUCUCCACCUGGGGCCCUGGCCCCUACCUGCCCCCCAAAACCCCCGUCGUCAACACUGACAAAGGAGCUGCAGAGCUUUACAUGGAUGCGGCCCAUCACCGCCACUGGCCCGGGGUGCUGAAGGUAAUCGCCGGCUGCCACAUCUCCCUCUUCCAGACGCCCUUGCCUGAGGAUGCCGUGCAGCUUGGCGGGUCGAUGAGCCUCCAUGGCAAUCACAUGACUCUGGCCUGCUUCCACGGGCCAAACUUCCGCUCCAAGUCGUGGGCCUUGUUCCACCUGGAAGAGCCCAACAUCGCCUUCUGGACAGAGGCACAGAAAAUUUGGGAGGAUGGCUCAAAAGACGACUCUACCUACAUCGUGCAGACACUGGAUUUCCAUCUCGGCCACAACACGAUGGUCACGAAGCCGUGUGGUGCUCUCGAAAGCCCAAUGGCCACCAUAACCAAAAUCACACGACGGCGACAUGAAAACCCUCCACAUGGUGUUGCUACUGUCAAAGAAUGGUUUAGCUACGUCACCGCAAUGAGAAACGAAGAGCUGAACUUGCUCAGGAACGUCGAGGCCAACAACCAAGAGAGCGGAUCGGCUGCCAAGAGCUCCAGUCUGCUGAGCAGCUUCCGCAGCACAUCCAGCUACAACCACGAAACAGAGACCAUCUUUGCACUACCCAGAAUGCAGCUGGACUUUAAGUCAAUUCACGUACAAGAUCCGGAUGAACCUUCUCUAACGGACUCCAGCAGCAAACCCAAAGUGGAGUGCAGCGUGGUGACAGAGUUCACCGACCACAUCUGCGUCACCAUGGACGCCGAGCUCAUCAUGUUCCUGCACGACCUGGUGUCGGCCUAUCUAAAGGAGAAAGAGAAAGCUCUUUUUGCCCCGCGGAUGUUCGCACCUCGGCCCGGCCAGAAGAGCCCCACUGCCCUGCACGAUGAAAGCUCCGCGGAUAAAGACAAGGACGACAGCAUCAACUACACCACGGUGGACUGGAGGGAGUUCAUGUGCAACACCUGGCACCUGGAGCCGACUCUCAGGCUCAUCUCCUGGACGGGUCGGAAGAUCGACCCAGUUGGCGUGGACUACAUCUUACAGAAACUGGGCUUCCACCAUGCCAGGACUACAAUUCCCAAAUGGCUGCAGAGGGGUGUGAUGGACCCACUGGACAAGGUGCUGUCAGUACUCAUCAAGAAGCUGGGCACCGCUCUGCAAGACGAAAAGGAAAAGAGAGGCCGAGACAAAGAAGAACACUGAGGAACUCAGUCAUGCCACUGGAAUCAGAGCUGUGCAAAAUGUUUCAACACUAGUUUUCUGUAUUUAAAAGGCCACUACUUUACGAUGUCCAGCAUCCUGCAUAGUUGUUUACUGUGGUGCUUGCCUCUAGGGGUUGCGACUGAAGCGUUUUGCACUGCUGUUUUUCGUUUUCUGUACAUUUUGAACAAAUUAGCAAAUGCUAGCAUUAUUUGAUUGCUUUAAAGGUAAAACCCUGCCUCUCUUACCUGUUGUAAAUGACCUUACUGAAACCGCUUCAAAGUUUAUUUUAAGGCUUACCAGUCGUUCAUGAGAAAUGAUUUCUUAAACCAUUGCCUUUUUCUCUGUUUCCCAUGGAACACAUGGUAGGUAUGCUUGAUGUCAUUUAUAGCGCAGCUUCGCGAUAUUUAAGAGGAAUUCAGUGACGCGUUCUUCAUUGACACGAACAAAUAAAUCCUGGGAGAUUUUUCUUAAAAUCAUCCCCUCACUCGUGAGGAUGAUAUAAGCUUGUAAUUAUAAUUUGAUCAUUAUUUAUGACUAUGUGAAAUUCAGCAUCUGUAUGAUGUAUUAGCUUGAUGUGUCAAGCUUCUUUGUCUUUUUUUUAAUCCACACAUUAGAACCAAUGUAUAUAGUUAAAUUUCUUAAAUGUGUUGAUUUCGUAACUUAAUAAAACUAUUGCCAUGAAGUUUUAAAAAAUAAA